CAGUAAAUUGCACGUGACCGACUCGACUCGACGACAAAUUCCAGUCGCAGAGCCGACCGAGUCUGAAAUUACAGAGCUUUAGUAAGCACGUCGACUUCUCAAGGCGGCUUGCCUGUAACACGACCUGCGAAGUAGCUACUUCGUAUCUGUUACAAAUCCAAGAAGGGGCGGAGAGUCGUCUACCGAUACAGCACUUACCGUCGCUAGACCUCACAAGUGGCCUCUAGUACACACCGCAAUGGCGUUGCUUGCCUUCUUCCUCUUGUCGUUUCUCGUACUCUGUCAGGUGCAUGCCGGCUCGUCCGCGAACAAUCUUUUGCCGCAGUGGCAGUUUGGGAACGUGUCUGGCUGGAGGCGAUUUCCAGCGAGUAUCAAGUCGGUAGAAUGGACGGACGGAACAAGCGUUUCCGCUGCGACAUGUUUAGAGGAGAAUCACAUCGGAUGCUACAAUUGCUGGUCUGUGUCUGAUUUUAUCAAAAUUGACCCAAAAAAGGGCUACGAGUUCACCAUAUACAUCAAGACGACGAGCAAGGAUAUGGACAACUACUUUGGCUUCUUCGCUUAUGAUGACAACAAAAGAAAAAUUUCUGGCAACUGGCGCAACCCUUACUUCAAAAAGGGCGACUGCGAUCCGAACAGGUGGAAGAGGUGGAAGGGGUACAUUCUCCCACACAACAUGCUUCACGGUGAUAAUCUCGAAGAACGUUCUCAGUCAUUCCACACCAAUGGAAAAGACUGGAUUUGGCCAAAGUUGGCGAGCUACGUUAGCAUACGAUUCGGAUCAUGUUAUGGCAAGGAAGACGACCAUCGUGGUACAGCAUGGUUUGUUUACCCAAGCGUGACAGAAAUUACACCGAGACUUCUGCAGACAUACUUCACCUCCGACUCCAGAGUCAGGACCUUCGACAUAUCGGAACCACGAGAGUGGGCGGGUGCACCGAACUACAGUGGAAUAGCAUUCGUAAAUGGCUAUCACACACCUAUAGCUCGUAGCGACGAGCUAGACAAGUCGUGUUACUACCCGUGGGGCGUUACACGGCACUUCCAGAUUGAUCACAAGAAGAUGUAUGAAUUCAGCGUGUGGAUCUUGAGCACGGGAAGAGAUUUACACAACUUUCUCGGAUUUCUUGUCUACGACUGCGACUACAAACUCAUCAAUGCCACAACAGCGACAACAGAUAUAGCAGUGAUGAAAGUGACAGAGAAGCCGUACUUCAAACAAUCGGCGAAUGACACCGCGGAAUGGAAACGUUGGAAUGGAUUCGUGCUCCCACAUAAAUACGAUCACAAACACCCUUCACCCACCGAGAUCCCUAUGCACUUCAGGAAUGGAAAGGAAACCUUUAAGUGGCCGCCGUAUGCCAAGUUUGUUCAGAUGAGGUUUGGCACUUGCUACGGAGAUGGAGACGGAAAAGGAAAGACCUACUUUGCCAUUCCUCAGGUGGUGGUGUCCGAUCUGAUGCCCUAGAGAUGAGAAUGGUUAGAAUUCCAUCGUGUGCAUGCAUGUCUUUUGAGGGCAAUAGUAGGGGUAACCCUAGGGGGUUAGGGGUAAUAGUAGGGGUGUGUUAGUAAUUGCAGGGGUGUGUUAGUAAUUGCAGGGGUGUGUUAGUAAUUGCAGUGACCGUUGAACUGCAGUGUUGUUGUUGUGAUAGCAGGUGUAGUAGCACGUGUAGUAGCACGUGUAGUAGCAUGCAUGUAUUGGUUCUAGGGUAUGGAUGUAUGGGCUUGUUGUCUGUAGUGAGUAUCUUAUGUCUAAACAUGUCAGUGUUGCAGAGUGUCA